AUGAGAUCUGAAGUAGAUAAUUAUGAUGAAGCAACUAGUUGGAAUGAAAAUGUUUAUGUACGUACACCAUCCGUUAACAACUUAAGGGUGAGUAGAUUUCGACGUACUGCUUCAAAAGCAUGUCUAUUCAAUAUAAUAACCACGAUAGCUUUAAUUAUAACAGCAUUAAUUGCGCUUGCUUAUGCUCUAUCAUACUAUGGUAUAUGGAAUAGUAGAUCGCAUUUAGAUGUUGUCAGUAUAUUCUGUGGACAAAUUAAAGGUGUUCAACAGAAUAAAUAUGUAAUGAGCUUUCUUGGGAUACCUUACGCAUUACCACCAAUUGAUGAAAAUCGAUUCAAACCUCCUCUACAGUUGUCUUCAAAAGAAUUGUGUCAAAAAGCCUGGGAUUUGAGUAAUAUAACAGUGGUAAAUACAGUUUAUUAUGCACAACAUUAUAAACCGCCGUGUUUACAACUUCAACCAAAAUCUAAACAUAAUGAAUUUAUAGGAAGUGAAAAUUGUCUUUAUUUGAAUGUACAUGUUCCGAUUACUAAUAAGAAAUCAACAGAAAAUCUUAAACCAGUAAUUGUUAUCUUAGAUGGAUUAUUUUUUAUGUACAAUAAUGAACCGAAACAACCAAGUACAGAUACAAUAUACAAAACAGAUGCAAUACAUGUUACAUUCAAUCAUCGUAUUGGUCCAUUUGGAUUUUUACCACAUCCAAAUAAAAAGACACCAAAUCUUGGAUUACAUGAUCAAUUAUUAGUUUUAAAAUGGAUACGUAAUAAUAUUGUUCAUUUCGGUGGGGAUCCAUUGAAUGUGAUCUUAUUUGGUUAUGGAUCUGGUGCAACAUGUGCUUUAACUUUACUCUAUAGUCCAAUAAGUAAUCAUUUGUUUGACAAAUUGUGGAUUACAGCACCAGGAUUAAGUUUAUCAAAUAUUACUACAGAUGAAGUAAUACAUAAAACAAAUCAAGCAUUAAAUUGUCAAAAAGAAUUUAAUCCAAAUUUCUGUUCAAGUCAAAAAUUUCAAAACUCGCAGAAUAUUUUAAAUUUAUGGAAUUGGACAAUUGUUGAACCCUGGUUAAUCAAAACAAUACUCAGUCUACCUUCUAUACACGACUUGAAUAUGCCACAAACAGAUAAAUUCAUAAAUAUUUUAAUUAAUGACGAUAAAUUUGUGAGCACUGAUAUGUGGAAUAAAAUUGCUCAAAGUAAUAUUAAACCAAUGGUUAUUGGACAGACAUCGCAUGAAGUUUCAGUUUAUCCAACACCGAAAACAGUACCAUUUUGGAAUAAAGUGUUUUACAAAAACUACAUUUUAAAGAGAUUAAAACGUAAUGCUUUUAACCCUUCAAAUCAGUAUUAUGAGGAGCUUUUAUCGAAGUCUUUAUCAGUUUAA